CAACGUUUCUCGACCGCUUAUCUAUCGCAUCCUUAUCCUUUUCAGCUCCCCGUUUGAAUUCCCUUACGCAAGCAUCCCCACUUUGUCUUCUUCUGUCAGCUCUCCUGCAAAAACCCAUAAUAAUUCCUCUUCUUCAUUCCUCUCUCUCUCUCAUCUCAUCUUCCCCCACAAUCUUCCAAUGAAACCUAGCUAGGGUUUAUCUUUCCUCCUGGUUCUUUCUUUUAAACCCUCGAGUCAUCGAUUUGCUUAUUGGCUGUGCCUUUGUUCAAUUGAAUCGAGGGUUUUGCUUUCUUUUUGCAUUCAUUUAUUGUUUCCUAGUGCUCCAUAUGGCUUUGGUUUCGGCUUUAUUUGAGAUCUUGCAAAGACCCUCGAUUGCCGAUGUGUUGAUGGAGCUCAUGCUGUUCUUGACACCUCUUUGGAUUGCGGUUUUUGUUGGUGUUCUGGUUGGAUGGUCUUGGAGGCCUAAAUGGGCCAAUAUUAACAGGGGCUGUGUGGGAGAUUCUCCACCAUCGCCCGCUUCCUCUUCUGGCCAGCCCUUGCCAACGCCUUUUGGUUCGAUUCCGAGCUUGAAUUCAUUAAAACUGCAAUUGCCCACCUGCAUUUCUUGGAUUGCUGACCGUACCUUUACCAAGGAAACAACAUCUGCAUCUUCAAACUCGAAUUCUGACUGCAGUUUAUCGCAGCUAGAAAGAGAAAAAUCGGGUCUAGUGACGGAAGGUGACUUGGUACAUUUAUGCCGACUUGUCGAGGAAAAUGAUGCAGGCCCUGCUUGGAUUCAGAUGAUGGACCGGUCUACACCGAAUAUGAGCUAUAAAGCUUGGCGGAGGGAUCCUGAGACUGGGCCUCCACAAUAUCGUAGCAGAACUGUCUACGAGGAUGCCACCCCUGAAAUGCUGAGAGACUUCUUUUGGGAUGAUGAGUUUCGAUUGAAGUGGGAUGACAUGCUUAUACAUGCUGAAAUCUUGGAGAAGUGCCCCACCACAGGAAACAUGGUUGUCCGCUGGGUGCGCAAGUUUCCCUUGUUCUGUAGCGACAGGGAAUACAUUAUAGGCCGUCGAAUAUGGGAAUCAGGACAAACGUACUAUUGUGUUACUAAGAUUCUUUUGUGUUCUUCUGUGGUCUGUUUUUGGCCCUGUUUUGGCAUCGUCUCCAUGGCCUUAUAUGUGCAGAGGCAAGAUAGUGAUGGGGCAGUUGCUGAUUGUGGGGCUGAGGGUGUACCCUGCUCCUAUGUGCCGCAGUGCAACAAACCAAGACGUGUAGAUUUGUAUUACUCAAGUUGGUGUAUUCGUGCAGUUGAAUCAAAGAGAGGCGAUGGCCAACUGACUGCAUGUGAGGUGUUACUCUUUCAUCAUGAAGAUAUGGGCUUUUCUUGGGAAAUUGCAAAGCUUGGUGUCCGGCAGGGUAUGUGGGGAGCUGUCAAGAAGAUCGACGCAGGUUUACGUGCAUACCAGAGGGAGAGAGCAUCCGGAGCUCCACUCUCACAAUGUGCUUCCAUGGCUCAGAUCAAGACCAAAGUUAGUGCAGAUUACCUGAGAUCAUUGGAGGGCACAAAAACUAGUACAUCAGAGGUUGAAACCCUGGAUUCAUCUGAGAAGCCACUGGGGAGGAACAUACCCAAGUUUCUAGUCGUUGGGGGGGCUAUUGCCCUUGUUUGUAGUCUUGACCAGGGGCUUUUGACUAAGGCAGUAAUAUUUGGAGUUGCCAGAAGGCUUGCAAAGAUUGGAAAGAGCUUGUGA